UUUUCAAAUGUAAUUAUUGAUAUGCAACCCAAAGUCUUAGUUUUAUUUGCCCAUCCAUUGUACGAAAAGUCUCUCAUCAACAAGAGUCUUUGUCGUGUUUACAAAAAUAAUGAAAAUAUUACUUUUCACGACUUGUAUGAAGUUUACCCUGAGUUUGACAUUGAUAUAAAAUACGAAAAAGAACUUCUAAGCGGCCAUGACAUUAUCAUCUGGCACCAUCCAUUUUAUUGGUACAGUUGUCCACCAUUAUUAAAACAAUGGAUAGACAUGGUAUUAGAAUUUAAAUGGGCUUAUGGUCCAGGUGGAAAUGCGCUUCAAGGCAAAUUCGUCAUGCAAACGAUUAGCGCAGGUGGUAGUCAAAUAGCUUACUCCCAAGAAGGUGGAAACAAAUAUCCCAUCAGACAAUACCUCCGGCCAUUCCAACAAACGGCCAAUCUCUGCAAAAUGACUUACUUACCACCCUUUGUUGUGUAUGAUUCCAAUCGAGUUGAUUCCGAAAAAAUAAAAAACAUUGUCAGUCAUUACCAAGAAGCACAGAUGAGUAAUGAAUUUUUGAUCCAAGCAUUGGUUUAUAUUGGGGCAUCAAUGGUAUUGGUACCCAUCGCAAAAAAGAUAGGUCUAAGUUCCAUAGUCGGGUAUUUGAUCGCAGGGAUCAUCAUUGGUCCCUUUGUCUUACAAUUGGCAGGAGAUAAUGGCGAAGAUAUUAUGCAUGCAUCUGAGUUUGGUGUAGUGCUGAUGUUGUUUUUGAUUGGGCUCGAACUAGAUCCACAGAAGUUUUGGGAAAUGCGAAAAGCCAUCGUUGGUCUUGGUACUGCUCAAAUGUUGGUCACGGGCUUCAUUCUUUAUAUUGCCUUACUAUUUUUUGUUCCUACAUGGCAGUCAGCUGUUACGAUUGCACUUGCAUUUGCUAUGUCCUCGACUGCCAUUGUAUUACAAACCUUAAAGGAAAAGGGAUUUAGCAAAAUGGUCUCAGGACAGGCUUCAUUUGCCGUGUUACUCUUUCAAGAUAUAGCAAUCAUUCCUAUUUUAGCCAUCCUGCCAUUUCUGGGAACAAAGAUGGUCGUGGGCGAAGGAGAUCAUAGCGGUUCGUUUAUGGACGAUCAGUCAGGAGGAAUGCAAGUAUUGAUGAUUUUGGCUGCGGUAGGUGUAAUUUUGGUGAGCGGAAGAUAUAUGAUUGUUCCGUUUUUGAGAUAUAUCUCUAAGACGGGAUUGAGGGAAUUAUUUACGGCGUCAUCUAUAUUUUUGGUGGUAGGUGUAGCGGCACUGAUGCAAGCUGUAGGUCUGAGUCCUGCACUUGGUACGUUUUUGGCAGGUGUCGUUUUGGCCAAUUCUGAGUUCCGCCAUGAAUUAGAAAGCGAUAUCGAACCCUUCAAAGGUAUGUUGUUGGGUUUGUUUUUUGUGAGCGUAGGUGUGACCAUCGAUUUUAACCAAGUUUUUAAUGCACCUGGUAUUAUAUCGAUGUUGGUUGCCAUAGUUUUGAUGGUGAAGUUUGCCGUUUUAUUUGGUAUUGGCAAGGUUUUUAAAAUGGAUAGUGACCAAAACUUUAUAUUUUCUUUUGGGCUUUCUCAAGCGGGAGAAUUUGCUUUUGUCUUAUUAGGAUUUGCAUCUCAGAUUGGUAUAUUAGACAAUCAACUCAGUUCUACUAUGAUGGCUGUCGUAGCUCUUACGAUGGUCUCGACUCCAUUUUUAUUGUUAAUAAACGAAAGAAUUAUUGAUCCAUAUUUUGGCAUUAAAAAAGUACCAACAGAAGACGAGAGUGAUGAGAUUAAUGAAAAAAAUAAAGUCAUCAUAGCAGGGUUUGGUCAUUUCGGUAGUACAGUAGGGCGAUUACUUAGGGCAAAUAAAGUAGAGGCAACCAUUCUUGAUCAUGAUUCUGAUAGGGUAGCCUUACUUCGCAAAAUGGGUUUCAAAGUUUAUUAUGGAGAUGCCACUAGACACGACUUGCUUCAUGCAGCAGGAGCGAGUGAAGCACAUGUACUUAUUGCGGCCAUAGAUUCACCAGAAAUAAAUCAUCGAUUAAUAGAAACUGUAAAAAAGCAUUUUCCAAAUAUCAAA